UUUGUGUGAGUUUCAUAAAACAGAAAAAAAUCCCUCAGUACAUGUUAGAGGCUAUCCCUAAUUUUCAAGUGGUCCAAGAAAGACUAGCAAUACCACAUGUGGUAUCUUAGCCAGGAUGAUACUUAAGGCUGACCUGCUUGUCUGGGGGAGGGAGGGCUCUGUAUUGCUUGAAAAUUAGAUACUGCAUGGCAAAAUAAACCCAAUUGUCUAAAAGGAGGGUUGGGUCCAGAAGGUCAAAUUUUCACAGUGGCUAUGCCCCAUUCUACCCCCUAUAUUUAUAUAUGCAAGUGGGUAAUUGCACAUGGAAGUAGAUUGUUAGAUACAUAGUUCUCUGAUGUCUGUCAGUGAAUGCAGUUCUUGCGGGACCAUCCAGUAUGCCUAAAUACUGAGGAGCCCUUAAGAGCUUUAGGGUCCCUGUUGGCUCCAUAGCUAAGGAUGUUUCCAUUUAUCCUUAGCAGAAGGUUCCCAUUUUGAGGUGAUCAUGAAUCAUCUGAUCAGCUGGCAAGCCCCAGUUCUUUCGAAGAGCUUGAGUCAGAAAUGGACAUUUCAACCAAGCAACUCAGACAAAACACAGAAAAGAGCUGUCAGAAGCGGUGGGGAUGUGAGAUUGCUGGUUCAGCUGAAGGAACCACUCAGAAAGACACAAAGAAUAAGUGCUACUGCAUUGCUCGGAUCUAUAUACCGUCUGUUAGCAGGUUUCAUGGGCUGUGUGAAAAGCUGUUGAAAACAACUACGGUUAGAUUUCUCCACCUGAUGCAGCUCUCAUCAAAUAGUGAACUGUCUUAUAUUACUGAUCUGUUUUGCACACUUUGGGAAUUUACUUUAAAUCCAUGGAUUAAGGAGGAUCUUGCCAGGAAUUCUUCUUUUUUUAAACUAACCCUUGAUGUUUCAAAUCACAGAGAGGUUCAGUCUUGUAUUUUGUCAAGUUCCAACCACCUUUUUUCCUAACAGAAUUAAAAUGGCUGUUUGAAUAUAAAUAACUUUUGCCUGAAAUGACCUAAUAGAGGUGGUAUUUCUGUUUUACCACAAAUUGUUGUUCUGAGGAACACUUCUCACAAGAAAAUGCUCUGAAGAUUCUCUUCUCCUUCCCACCCUCCCCUACUGAAAAAUAUACAAUCUACAUAUCCUAAUUAGAAAUUGGCCCCAAACCAAAUACCUAAUCGUGCAGGGGGCUGCUUGUGAGGACAUGAAACGUCUUGCAAGACUGGGCCCCUAUGCCCCAGAACUAAACAGAUAUGGAUAUGAUUCCAAACUUUGCAGCUUGGGCCCCUCAUAACACUUUCUUUAGAUCUGGCACUACACAGUGUACAGAAGUAUUGUCUUUGUUUGGGGAAAGGAUAAGACCGCAUUAGUGCAAUCUCUAGAAGAUAAAACAGAACAAAAGAACUAUGUGUCUGAUGUUCAUCUGGUGUAAAAUCACCAAAUUCAGAGGUUAUUGGGAGUGUCCACUUCAAAGAUUGCAGUUUGAGUUCAUUUCCAGUUAAGAUAAUUCUUGUAAUCUGUUAUCCUUAAAUUGAUUCCAGUGGAGUAUAAUGAAAAUGGUACAUGUAAGCAGUGGUACACCAUGGUUCAGUAGCCUCAUAUCAGGACCAGUAUUGUAAAAGGGAACACCAAAAGGAGAGUAUAACACAAGAACUAUAGUUUCAGUUGUGUCUGCCAUACAAAUACUUCUUCAGAAGGAGUACGUACAAUGCAGCUCAUGGGAAGAAUUACUGGUAUUGCAAAUGUAAAAUGCCCCUAUGUAAGUAAGCCUUAGGCUACUCGGUCCGUGUUUUAAGUGUUAAGUUUAUUUGCUUACGGGAAUAUGUCUGCAAAAACUGAGAUUACCUGAGUUUUAUCUUUGCUAUUGGCAAAAGGAGUUGAGAGAAUUUAAAUCCUAUAACUCAUGGGAAAUUCUGCAUUUAAUUGCAUCCUUAUGUGAUUACAUGAUAUUGAUGCCACUGUAAUUGACCUUUUCGGCUGAAUUGAUUUUAUUGAUCUGUGGCUACUUUUUGCUCUAUGGUAAAAUAAUACAAACAAUCCCAUUCUCUUGACAUUUGUUCAGUUUUGCACACAUGGAUGCAUAUUUCACAUUAGGCUUGAUUUUCCUCUCUCAGCUUUCUGCAAACAAGGCAGAGCUAUGUAGGCACAAAUUCAGUGAGCCAGAUUAUAUGUGAAUCUGAAAUAGGAAUUAAUAAUAUUGAUCAGUGUAUGGUGGAUGCUGCACUUAAUUGUGUAAACACAGCAUUUGCUCUUUCCAAACCACCUACAGUUAUUUCCAUUCUGAGAGUUUUAUGUUCUGUUAUUUUAUAUUUAUGUCAUUGUCAUUUAGAGUGAUAAGAAGAUUCUUGAUUAAACAAAGAAGAUAUUGAUUUUUUUUAACACCAUGGUUAAAUUUGUCAAAGGAUUUCUGAGAUUCUUGAACUAAAUAUGGGGCUUGCUCCUGCUCCUACUGAACUUAAUGGGGGUGUUGCCAAUGACAUUCAAACCUGUUUUACUCAGGAGCCAGUGAUUAAUAUAACAGCCUUUGCAACCUGUUUUUUUGAAACUUGGAUGUCUGACAUUACCUCAGCUGUAUAGUUUUGGCCUAGUUAGAAAACUUCUUGGUAGGCUGAGGUAUCACUAAUGGAAAAUGGUCACUGAUAUUAUGGGCUGAACAGUCAGUGUCCCAGAUUGUCCACUACCACAGUGUAGCCCGUAGGUCAGGGGGAGGGGGGAUCUGUGGGAAGCAACCUCCAAAAGGUUCCUCGCCUAUUACUGUAUCAUGAGGUUGGGUUUGUGCCCUCCUAGAAUGUGUCAUAGAAUCAAGGGGAAUGUGUCAAGGGGGACCACCUCCAAACUUUGUAGAUCCCAGAGGACUCAUGGGAGGCCAGGAUUAUCCACUCAUAGGCCAUGUUGCUCUGCACCAGCUCCAGUCACAGGCGCCUCUGGCUCCUGACAACGUGGCUCCAUUGGUGUUGCACUUCUGGGGAUUCUUCAUGGCUGCAGCGGCCUCUAAUACAAGGGAGUCUCUGCAGAGAGGGGCUCUGUGAGGGACUGGAGGGAAGAUGACAUGCAUCCUCCUGGCUCUGCCCUCUGCCACUACACAGACUCUAGAUCUAUGGGUAUGGGAGGUUCAUGUGUGUGUGGGAGGGCUCCACAGACUCCAGAGGAGGAGGAGAUGGUGCAAAAUUAAAAUGGCUGAGUGUGUGAAUCUAAGGUAGUGAGCUUAGCUUUAGUUUUCAUUCAUUACUUAACAGGCAGACUCCCAGUGACUUCUGCAGGAGUUUUGUUUCUUUAAAUACCAAAUAAAAACUGAGUAAGCACCUCAGCAUUUCACCCCCAAUUAUGAUCCUACUGGAGUCAAGGGAUUUUUGCCAGUGGCUUUGAUGGAAGUAGGAUUGGCUCAAUAGUUUGAAAAUUAAGGGCCAUAAGUGGUGAGAUUUUCUUCCUGACUCAAUCUAGUUUAAAAACAUAUAAUUAAUUGAUCACUGUCUGCUAGGUAUUAUGAAAAUAUUUUCACCCUAUAAUAUUAAUAGCAUUGAUUUCCUUUUGUGCAGCCUGAGUGGUUUGCUAAGCAGAAUAGGAAUCCUCAUUUGCCCUGGUCUACACUAGGAGUUUAGGUCUAAUUUAGCAGCGUUAAAUCGAUGUAAACUUGCACCCGUCCACAUGAUGAAGCCCUUUUUUUCGACUUAAAGGGCUCUUAAAAUCAGUUUCCUUACUCCACCCCUGACAAGUGGAUUAGCACUUAAAUCGGCCUUGCCGGGUCAAAUUUGGGGAACUGUGGACGCAAUUAGACAGUAUUGGCCUCCAGGAGCUAUCCCAGAGUGCUCUAUUGUGACUGCUCUGGACAGCACUCUCAACUCAGAUGCACUGGCCAGGUAGACAGGAAAAGGCCCGCAAACUUUUGAAUUUCAAUUUCCUGUUUGCAUGGUCACCUGCAGCUUGCCACGCUGGCCAGAGCUCAUCAGCAGAGGUGACCAUGCAGAGCUCAUCAGCAGAGGUGACCAUGAUGGAGUCCCAGAAUCGCAAAAGAGCUCCAGCAUGGACCAAACGGGAGGUAUGGGAUCUGAUCGCUGUAUGGGGAGAGGAAUCCGUGCUAUCAGAACUCCGUUCCAGUUUUCGAAAUGCCAAAACCUUUGUCAAAAUCUCCCAGGGCAUGAAGGACAGAGGCCAUAACAGGGACCCGAAGCAAUGCCAUGUGAAACUUAAGAAGCUGAGGCAAGCCUACCAGAAAACCAGAGAGGCAAAUGGCUGCUCCGGGUCAGAGCCCCAAACAUGCCGCUUCUAUGAUGAACUGCAUGCCAUUUUAGGGGGUUCAGUCACCACUACCCCAGCCGUGUUGUUUGACUCCUUCAAUGGAGAUGGAGGCAACACAGAAGCAGGUUUUGGGGAUGAGGAAGAUAAUGAUGAAAUUGUAGAUUGCUCACAGCAAGCAAGCGGAGAAACCAGUUUUCCCGACAGCCAGGAACUGUUUCUCACCCUGGACUUGGACGCAGUACCCCCCGAACCCACCCAAGGCUGCCUCCCGGACCCGCCAGGCAGAGAAGGGACCUCUGCUGCAUGUGUUUCAAGGAUCACAGGAUCUUCUCCUUCCCAGAGGCUAGUGAAGAUUAGAAGGCGAAAAAAACGCACUCAUGAUGAAAUGUUCUCUGAGCUCAUGCUGUCCUCCCACACUGACAUAGCACAGACGAAUGCGUGGAGGCAGACAAUGUCAGAGUGCAGGAAAGCACAAAAUGACCGGGAGGAGAGGUGGCGGGCUGAAGAGAGGGCUGAAGCUGAAAGGUGGCGGCACCAUGAUGAGAGGAGGUAGGAUUCAAUGCUGAGGCUGCUGGAGGAUCAAACCAAUAUGCUCCAGCGUAUGGUUGAGCUGAAGGAAAGGCAGCAGGAGCACAGACCGCCACUACAGCCCCUGUGUAACCAACCUCCCUCUUCCCCAAGUUCCAGAGCCUCCUCACCCAGACGCCCAAGAACGCGGUGGGGGGGCCUCUGGCCACCCAGCCACUCCACCCCAGAGGAUUGCCCAAGCAACAGAAGGCUGGCAUUCAAUAAGUUUUAAAGUUUUAAACUUUUGAAGUGCUGUGUGGCCUUGUCCUUCUCUCCUCCACCACCCCUCCUGAUGCUUCUUUUCUCUGCCACCCUCCUGGGCUACCUUGGUAGUUAUCCCCCUAUUUGUGUGAUGAAUGAAUAAAGAAUGCAUGAAUGUGAAGCAAUAAUGACUUUAUUGCCUCAGCAAGCGGUGAUCGAAAGGAGGAGGGGAGGGUGGUUAGCUUACAGGGAAGUAGAGUGAACCAAGGGAUGGGGGGUUUCAUCUAGGAGAAACAAACAGCACUUUCACACCGUAGCCUGUCCAGUCAUGAAACUGGUUUUCAAAGCUUCUCUGAUGCGUACCGCGCCCUCCUGUGCUUUUCUAACCGCCCUGGUGUCUGGCUGUGCGAAACCAGCAGCCAGGCGAUUUGCCUCAACCUCCCACCCCGCCACAAACGUCUCUCCCUUAC